CCCGUACGUAGCUGGAAUAUCCCCACUGCAUAUUUGUUGCUUGUGGCUUUUCCCUUCUUCCAUAAACCGCUAGUGUGAUUCAGUUGUUGUGAAUCAGAAGAAAGCAUCGAUCAGAUGUUGUUACCUCGAACAUGCUUAUGCUUCUUCCUUGUCUUCCACCUCUACCCUUCCAUCGCCGCCUCCAUUCCUUCUCCUACCGACACCUUAAACCCAACUGAAUCAAUCACCGACAACGGGCAAACGUUCUCUCCGUUGGAAGCAAUUUUGCCUUGGGCUUCUUCAGCCCUGGAAAUUCUAGUUACAGGUACGUCGGGAUUUGGUAGCAGAAAAUUCCUGAAAACACCGUGGUUUGGGUCGCCAACAGAGACAACCCACUCAACGAUUCCUCCGGAGUCCUCUCCCUCGCUAUUGAUGGGAAUCUCGUCAUCACUUCCCACAGCGAUCAGAGACGUCUUCUCUGGUCCACCAAUGUAUCCAUAAAUUCCAACACCACUGUUCUGCGGCUCCUGAGCACCGGAAACCUGGUUCUAUACAGCGGCGGUGACAGGAAUAGGAUCCUGCGGCAAAGCUUCGACCAUCCGACAAACACAUUACUUCCUGACAUGAAACUGGGGUUGGAUCGGAGGACCGGUUUGAACCCAAGUGUCCAAGAGACUGGAACUUGACGAAAUGGUCAGAGGGGUGUGUGAGGAAAAGAAACCUUGGAUGUAGCAACGGAGGAGAUGGGUUCCUCAAGGUGGUCGGCGUUAAGCUUCCCCACUCGUCCUUGUCCAGUGUAAACAAAAAGCUGAGUCUCACGGAAUGCGAGCAAGAAUGCUUGAAGAACUGCUCUUGCACGGCCUAUGCCCCUGCUGAUAUAACCGGCGGAGGUAGUGGCUGCGUCACUUGGUUUGACAACUUAACGGACAUUCGAUAUCUCAGUUACAAUGGCCAAGAUUUAUACGUACGUGUGGAUGCGGUGGAUGUAUAUAUACAUCCAUUAUUCAUCUCUUUAGUUGUUACGAUAGGGAUUUUGGCCUGUGGAUGAGAUGAGUUCAUGAAGGUGGUUUUAUGUUUGUGUAGCUGCUGCACAAGCAAGAAAAGAUAAAGGAUUUCUGCACAACAAGCGGAAACUGGCGAUUCUUAGGGUGUCUCUUGUUUUGAGUUUGCUUCUCUUUCUCUUUGCUAUAUGUGUGUACGGUUUGCUGAAGAAGAGCAAAGGUAAAAGAAAAAAGAGAGUGGAUCAAGGUUCUUGUGUGGAUUCCAUGUGUGUGGAUAAGAUCGUGUAUAAAAAGGGGUAUUUUCUUAAAUAUUUUAUUUUAUUUUAUUUUUGUGGAAAAAUAUUUUGUUAGAUUCACCUGUAGCUAGUUAGUGAGUUAAGCCCAGUUUCCUAAUGUUUAAUCAUGCCAUAAUGGAAGGUUAGUUUUCUGAAACUUCUGUAUCAAGCAACUUCUAAUAAUGUUAAACUAUGCUCAAUCAGGGGCCAUUAAGAAGCGGCAGAGACAACGAUCAUUCUUAUUUGAUUUCAAAACUGGUACAAGAUGUAAUAAAAAAUAUUCUGGAAUGAAUGGGCUUGAAGACAAUGAGACGAAACCUGAAUUACCAUUCAUUGAAGUAGAUGUUGUUGCAGCUGCCACCGACAAUUUCUCUCCCAAUAAUAAGCUUGGAGAAGGCAGUUUUGGUGCUAUCUAUAAGGGUUGCUUGUUCAACGGGAAGGAGAUAGCUGUUAAAAGAUUAUCUAGUCAUUCAGGGCAAGGAAUGGAAGAGUUUAAAACUGAAGUUCUAUUGAUUGCCAAACUUCAACAUAGAAAUUUGGUUAAGCUCCUUGCUUGUAGCCUCGAGGAAGAAGAAAAGAUAUUAAUCUAUGAGUACAUGCCCAACAAAAGCUUGGACUUUUUCAUUUUCAGUAUGUUUCUCUCCAUACCACUUUAAAAAAUUAUUAUUAUUAUUAUUAUUAUUUUUAACAUAAAGAAUAAUCUCUCUUUACUUAGUGAUAAUAAGCUGUCACCAUCCUUACAUGGCAUAUAUAAGGUAAAACUUUUUCUCAUGUAAAAUAAAACAUCAUCAAGAAAGUAAGAUUUUAGCUAUGCAAAAUACCCCCAUUGUACGAAAGUCUACAUUGGAGGAAGGAUAAAACCAAUGGUGUCAGACUUGGUCUUACGAAUUGUGGUUAAACCGAUCAAGGCCCAAUAAAGAAAUUUGUUUUAACA